AUGCUUCAAAAACCAACACACGCUUAUUACCAUGACAUCAAACUUAAAGAUGAGAAUGCUGUGGCCUACCGGAAGGCAUACAAGAUACCACUUCGUUAUUCGGAUGAAUUGCAACGACAACUUAAACAAUAUCUUGAUGCUGGUUUUAUUGAGCCAACAGUAAGUCCGUUUGGUGCUCCAAUUGUCAUGGUACCCAAAGCAAAUGGGGAGGUACGGUUAUGUAAUGACUUUCGUGGUUUAAACAAGCUAACUAUUGCUGAUCAUUUCCACCUCCCCAAUAUGGAGGAGUUGCUAAUGGAGGUGAAGAACUCCACGUACUACUCCAGCAUAGACCUUUGUCAAGGGUAUCAUCAAGUUCUCAUUAAUGAAGCAGAUAAGGAAAAAAACUGCGUUCCAUACCCCCCUUUGGUAGUUUCCAUUGGGUGGUUAUGCCGUUUGGGCUCAUCAAUGCCCCGGCAUCAUUCCAAAGAAUGA